AUGACUGAAGCUGUUGGUGAUAUUGCUGUUAUUGGAUUAGCUGUCAUGGGACAAAAUUUAAUUCUUAAUAUGAAUGAUCAAGGUUAUGUUGUUGUGGCAUUUAAUAGAACUGUUUCAAAAGUUGAAGAUUUUUUAAAGAAUGAAGCUAAAGGAACAAAAAUUAUUGGUGCUUCUUCUUUAGAAGAUAUGGUUAAAAAAUUAAAAAAACCAAGAAAAAUUAUGAUUCUUGUUAAAGCUGGAAGUGCAACAGAACAAACAAUACAAAAUAUUGUUCCACUUUUAGAUGCUGGAGAUAUUAUUAUUGAUGGAGGAAAUAGUGAAUAUACAGAUUCCAAUAGAAGAUAUAAAGAAUUAAAAGAAAAAGGAAUUUAUUUCGUUGGAUCUGGUGUUAGUGGAGGUGAAGAAGGUGCACGUUAUGGACCAUCUUUAAUGCCUGGAGGUGCAUCUGAAGCUUGGCCUCACAUUAAAAAUAUUUUUCAAAGUAUCUCCGCUAAAGUUGGUAAAGAAAGUUGUUGUGACUGGGUAGGAGAAGCUGGAGCUGGUCAUUUUGUUAAAAUGGUACACAAUGGAAUUGAAUAUGGUGAUAUGCAACUUAUCGGAGAAUCUUAUCAUUUAUUAGCAAAUGCAUUAAAUAUUAGUUAUGAUGAAAUGGCUGAUGUUUUUGAUAGUUGGAAUAAAGGAGAAUUAAACUCAUUUUUGAUUGAAAUAACUGCUAAUAUUCUUAGAUAUAAAGAUGAAAAAGGUGAACCAGUUGUGCCAAAAAUUAAAGAUACUGCUGGACAAAAAGGAACCGGCAAAUGGACCGCCAUUGCUUCAUUAGAAUAUGGUAUUCCAGUUACACUAAUUGGUGAAGCUGUUUUUGCUCGUUGUUUGUCAUCCAUAAAAGAUGAACGUAUAAAAGCUUCAAAAGUUUUGAAAGGACCUAGUCAAAUACCACAGUCAUUAAUUUCUUGUAAAAAAACAUUUAUUGAAGAUAUUCGUAAAGCUUUGUAUGCAUCAAAAAUUGUAUCAUAUGCUCAAGGAUUUAUGUUACUUGCUGAAGCUUCACGUCAAUUUAACUGGAAAUUGAAUUUUGGAGCUAUUGCUCUUAUGUGGAGAGGAGGUUGUAUCAUUAGAUCUGCUUUCUUAGGAAAAAUUAAAGAGGCAUUUGAAAAAAAUCCUCAACUUGAUAAUCUUCUUUUAGAUGACUUUUUUAAAGACGCUAUUGCUGAAGCUCAACAAUCUUGGCGUAAUGUAGUAUCAACAGCUGUUCAACUUGGAAUUCCAACACCAGCCUUUUCAACAGCACUCGCAUUUUAUGAUGGUUAUCGUAGUGAAAUAUUACCUGCAAAUUUACUACAAGCUCAAAGAGAUUAUUUUGGAGCACAUACUUACGAAUUACUAGCUGAACCAGGCAAAUGGGUUCAUACUAAUUGGACAGGCAAAGGUGGACGUGUUACUUCUAAUACUUACAAUGCUUGA